UUAGUUUACCUAAAUCUUUUUAAUGCACAUAUAACUGUUCAAAUCUUGAACAAAUCACUUUGCUUACAAUUGUUAAGUGAUGCGUACAACAAGUAUUGGCCUGCAUUAGUAUCAUUUAUAAUAUGUUCUAGUGUAGGUGUGACUGCUUUCAAACAGCAUAUCUCUAGUUCAGGAAUGACCUGACACUGAUGCCAGUAUUGAAUAUCGGGUCAAUACCUCAGGCUAAAGCGUGGCAUCACUGUCAGCAAACUUUCUCAAUAAUUACAUCUGGAGCCUAGAGCGACAUGUUACAUGUCAGAGGGAAAAUAUCUUUGGCCUUUAAGAAAACUUCAAAUGCACUUCCAGUCUCCAUUAUGACUUACAAAGUGUCUGUUGGUGCAGACAAAUGUUCCACUGGUAGCUUCUGCUACUGUUUUGCUGGUGGCUGGUAUGCAUGUAUUAUAUUGAUUACCAGCACCAAUGAUGCACCAUACUGGGCUGCACCCCAGUAAAGGUCUAAGGUCGGGUCCAAGAGUUAUUCCUGAACUAAAAAACUUUUACUGCUUGUUUUUUCUUUUCUUUUUUAAGGGUAUUCACAAUGACUGUAGCUCUGUUGUUUUUGUCUGAAAACUCCAAACUAUUAGUCAAAAUCUUUGUUCAGUAACAGCAAAAGCUCAAACUCACUCAGAACUUGCCUUAAUAUUUAAUGUCUUGUAGAGUAUGGCACCUGACAGAUUAUAUGUAACUCACUAAUGCUGGAGAAAACAGUUGAGACUCUACAAAAAUAAAAUACGCUUUUGCAAAAAUGAAUGCAGGUUAUGAUUUGAAAUGAUAAAAAACAGACCUGUGCUACUGAAGUGUCCUUGAGCAACACACUGAAACCCUAUCUGACCCCUAAAUCUGGACAUUUCACACGGGAACAAUCUGUCCCUCUGCGUAAACACUGCUCACUUUAUUCCAAGGAUCCCAGUUAAAUUCAGUGGUGUUGUGGAGCCACUUCUGUACAACUUAAGUGGUUUAACUUGAGAGAGACCUUGAAGUGUGGUUGAAAGCUCUCGAAAAAUCUAGUGAGUGGAGCCUCAAUUAAGAUUUUUUCUUUAGUCUAUAUAGCAGACAGUCCAGCAGAUGGUUGGAGUUAAAUAUAAAUAUGGGCAAUUUCUUUUACAGAUGUCUUGUAUUGCUUAGUCGUACCAUGCAGAAACUCAUGGGCAUCAGACAUUUUACUAUUCAGCUAAUCUCCUGGUAAACUAUUUAAGAAUAUAUCACCAUUUGAAUUAUCAGAUUAUUUUUAUAACUAUUUUUAAAGCUUAUUUUACUCUUACUUAGAAAGUUAUUUUUCAUUCUUUGGGAGCAAAAUAAUAAGACCUUUUUCAACAGUAGGAGACACAAUAAGUCAGCUGUGACCCAAAUUUUACUGGACCAGAGUAGAAACUGGGUACCAAAAGCAGAGGGCUUUCAAACAGCGAUCAAAGCUCAGACAUUUCAACUUAAAAUUUUCUCCUUUUCAGCUUUUCUUUUUCUGUUGUUUUCUCUCUCUUUCCACACACACUGAUGAUCUUCUCGCCAGCUUUGUGUCCUAUGUUGAUGUUUAUGACUAAAAAAAGCCCCGAGGCCCAGUCACAUGGUCUCUAACGCCCCAACCCCACCUCCACCUUCUCUCUCUCUCUCUCUCUCUCUCUCUCCUCAGCACGCGCUUGUGCUGAGAGGCCUGAGAGCAGCAUAAAACUUGAGACAUAAAUCAGGCUCCCAUAAAUAAUGGCCGUACUUCCCUUUACAUCUCCGUUGGACUAACAGACAAUAAAAACACCAAUAAGCAGAGAUUGGAUCUAAUUUAUUGCCUCAUAAAAACAGACGGAGAGCUCGGCUCGGCCUCAGCAACGCACUCACAGCUGAAAACACCACAGCUAUUACUGUAGAACACGCUCACAGCAGGUACACGGGCUGAUCUGGAGUCAGAAAUUACAAGUGCAAUUUAAUAAGGUUACGAUUUUUAGGUGUGCUAAGCAGGAAAUGUGUCCAAAAGGUACCAGUCAGAUGUGAACACGUCUUGGUUUAUCAUGCAGUUAUAUUAAUAACAAUACUAAUGAAUGUACUAAUAGAACAAUUCUGGUCAUUUUUACAUUUUUACUCUAAAAAGAAAGAGGAACCAUAAUUCAUGAAAGGUUGAUUCUAAUGCUUUUUUACUGUCUUACCGGAAAGAGGUCUUGGACCAAUUAAAAUAUUAAAUACCAGUAAUUAGUAUUUAUUAAAAUGAAAUACAAAUGAAACGCAGUCAAAGUACAAUCAAUUGAUUUACCCUCAGUUAACCCCAAAAACAAACAAACAAAAAAACCUGAUAGCAAAAUAGAAUAAGUCAGUCGACCAAUCCACACGUCCCAUGUUAUGACGAACAUAAAACAGAAAAAAAAACUCUCCAACAAAACUUCCAAAACUGCUCCGAAAUGUACCAAAAAACAAGAAUUAAAAAAAAAUCCUGACAUAAUUAAAGCGAGAUGGAGAAAAUAGGUGUGCUGCUGCAGCUCAGUCAGCAGAUUGUAUCUUCUGUGUUUGGGCUUGUGUCUUGGUGUGUGUGUCCGUGCAGCCUCGGCCUACUCACUGCCUGCGCUUUCUGCUACGUUCAAUGGCCCUCACUCCCACACACAUUUCUGCUUUUUUAUCUGCCUCUUUUUUUCAGAGUCAGGGAGCGAAGCCAAAUGGCAUGGGAAAGAGAGAGAGAAGGGGGUGCGAGCUAAAUAGCUUAUAUCCAUUUAUCCCUUGUAUCUGAGUCGUUUUAUUAUAUAUGUUUUCCUCAACAGAUUAAAUAUUACUGCGUGACGUUUACACAUGGGCGUAUUUUCUGUGCGUAAAACCGGUGCAAAAACAAUAAAACACGGCGAAUAGUGGAUCUAACUGAAGAGAGACAGAGAGAGUACGACUCGAGGGUUUCUUGGUAUUUAGGGGCAGAGAGGGGCUGCUGUCAGGCUCUUUGCACGGAGAGAAAGAUUGAUCACCGCACUUUUUUCCCACUCGGGGCUCCUCGUGCCCUCCCCAAAAUAUCCUCUGCUAAACUCUGGAGUUCCUGAUCUUUAUAAAAAUCUGCAUGUGCGUCCUGUUGAGUCUGCAGGCCACUCAGCACACUCUCACUUACAAUUAUCGUUUAUAUUAUUGCUGCUGUAUUAUUAUUUUUCCUAUUAGGAGGAACAGGAGGCCUGCGCUUUGCCUCCUUUUCGGAGCGACCUCGCUGUGAACUCUCCCUCUCUCUCUCUCUUUCUCUGCGUAAACACACCGACCAUUUUUAACACACAUACAUCACACUGAGAGGGUGAGAGAGGUAGCAAGCAAGAAGACAUUUGGAGCCUGUGUGCAGAGGCUAUUUUAGUGAGAUUAUAUUUAGAUAAUGUUUAGGUUCCUCUCUGUCUAUCUUACAAAUACACAUGGACAAAUGCUCUAACAACUAGUGUACUAAUAAACAAACAUAAACCCAAAUACAUGAAACAAAAAGUUGUUCACUUACACACCAACAGGCUCCCUCUCUCUUCCCAGUAAAAUAUAGAUUUCUGCCUCUCUGCUUUGUAAGAAGCCAAUCUGCUUCAUCUUCACUACCUGAGUACAAAUGUUCAUCAUCUUCUCCUGAGCUGCUGCGCCAUUUAAACCCCUCUCCAAGUUUUCUGUGUCUAAACUGGGGAUUUUUUUAGCCUCUGUCACACUUUAUAAGAUUAAUGAGCUGAGUGCUGUAAACAGUAGAAGGAGCCAUAUUGUAAACGGUGCUGGCCAGCUCCGUUCACCUAAUGUUAACCGUCAUUACAUCACCCAGAGGACCGAAAAAAUGUCCGAGGGAUGCUCUAUUGUUUGUGCGUAACACCGGGCCGGGAUGCGCCUGCCCGCCGCCCACACAGCGCACAUGGCGACCGUCGUUUUUUCUCCCCACACUUUCCCCCCCGUUAAGACAAAACAAUAGCAGCUACCCUGUCAUAUAGCCCCUCUUUGCCACAGCAUUUGGUGGAAAAAUAAUAAUGCUGCUUCCCACAGCCAUCGCCGCCGCCAGGCCCGGGCCGUUGAUUGGAUGAUUUGGGUCACAUGACCAGGAAUUGGCUGCAAUUUCGCCCCACAGUUCUUCAGUUUAGCCUACCCAGGUCCCCAUACGCUAGUAAUAUCACCAAUAUACACAAUUAUUAUAUAGCCACCGCAUUUACGCCAUUGCGGUCGGGAGCCUAUAUGCUCGUGCGUUUUUUCAUUUCGUUUUAUUUUUUUAAGAAGCCAUAUUGUGUCGCGUGCGUGUGCGAGCGUGCGUGUGUGUAUGUGUGUUUUUUUAUUUUUUUUAUUUUGGGGAAGGGAUUGUUCGGGGGUCUCGCCGUUUGAGGUUGAAGCCGGUUUGAGGGAGCUAUGAAUUUUGAAUUUGAGAGGGAGAUCGGUUUUAUAAACAGCCAGCCGUCCCUAGCAGAGUGCCUGACGUCCUUCCCCGCCGUCCUGGAGUCAUUUCAAACUUCAUCAAUCAAGGAGUCGACAGUAAUUCCGCCUCCCUUCGAGCACACCAUCCCCAGCCUCAGCCCCUGCACAGCCAGCCAGCCGAGACCGGCUGCUGGGAGCCAGCAGAACCGGAGAACCUCCGUCACUAAUGGCCUCCAGACGCACCACCGAGGCGCCCAGCAGCCCUGCCCGUCCGGCCAGGCCCCUGCCCCGGCCACGGCCACCCCGGCCGGUCCGCUGGCCCACGAGUUCCCCUGGAUGAAGGAGAAGAAGUCAUCGAAGAAGUGCACUAAGCCUGGGAGCAGCUCCAGUGGUGGCGGAUCCAUCCUGCCCCCUGCCUCGUCCUCCCCGUCGCCGACCGCCUCCGGGUACGCUUCGGCGGGCAUCGAGUCACCCACAGACCCGAGCCAGGCGAGUCUUGAUAGUGGAGGAGCCGGGUCCCGCCGGCUGCGCACCGCCUACACGAACACACAGCUGCUGGAGCUGGAGAAGGAGUUCCACUUCAACAAGUACCUCUGCCGGCCCAGGAGGGUGGAGAUCGCCGCCCUUUUGGAUCUGACCGAGCGGCAGGUUAAAGUUUGGUUCCAGAACCGGCGCAUGAAACACAAGCGACAGACUACGCACCACCGGGACGGCGGUGGCGGAGGAGGCCACGAAUCCGGCGACCCGGGCGGGUUUGAGCCGCUCGAAGGCGCCGAUGCCUCAUCCCCGUACUCAAGCCAGCCGUUGGAAGCGUCUGGCACAGGGGAGGCUACAUCGGACGGCGAGGCGGGGAGCUGCAAUCCAUCUUCGGCCAACGCCUACGCUAAUGACAGUGGGGAUAAUGCACAACCCACGCCGGAGAAGGGAGGCCGAUUGAGCCGUCCCGAACGCCCACCGCUACCAGAGGCAUCUGGCUCCUCUGACUCUGCUGCGGCGCACCACUCCCCGCCGGCGUUCCCCGCGACGACCUCCGCUGAUAACACGGGCCUGAUGCAGCUCAACGAGGCCGGGCCCACAGCAGCAGCGGCGGCCGAUCCGUCAUUCUCAGAGCAGCAAGACUCCUCCAUCACCUCAGCCUCCUCCUCUGCUCCUCCUGCCGCCUCCUCAUCGGCGCUCCCCGAUUUGACCUUCUUUGCCGGGGACGCCUGCCUGUCACCCAGCCUGCAGAGUUCCCUGGACAGUCCGGUGGAUUUCUCCGAGGAGGACUUCGACCUGUUCACAAGCACACUGUGCACCAUAGACCUGCAGCACCUCAACUUCUGAGGCCGGCUGCAGAUGUGAAAGAAAAAGACGAAUAAAGAAGGAGUGGACGGACAGGCCUGUGUGGAUGAACAAUCGAGCGGAGGAGACUCGGCGAGGACUCUGUUGUUUCAAAAGCAUAAAAGCUUCUCGGCAACAUUCCUGAAACAAUUCUGAAAAUUAUGUUCGUUUAUAAAUAUAUUUUUCCUCUUCUUGCUGGUUUUAUUUUGCGGCUAUAAUGUAGUUUAAGAGAGAUGCGUCUAAUUUCAUUUUAUUUUUAUUUUUAUUUCAAACAUCGAAGGGAAAUAGUUUUUGCUUUUUCCACGAUCGAAACGUUGUGGAUUUUUUCUCUCCCCUUGUUCAGGUAUUUAUUGCCUUUCUUGUUUUUCGGCCGUUUUCGUUAAAAUGAUUAACCCUUUUCAGUAUGUGUGGAUUUAUUUCCUCUAGUGCAUUCUGGUGCAGCUUCAUGGAUCCUUAAUAACUUCUCAGGAACUGUUCACGGAGUCUAGGCGCAGAUAGCUGGACUGCUUUUAGAAAAUCUCAACUGAAGAAUGAAUUCAUUUUCUCUCUCUGAGCGAGACAAGACGAGAGAGAGAGAGAGAAGCCCUGCUGAUGACCCGAGUUUUAGACCCUAGUUUAUUUAUUGAGAUUCUUUAAUAGUGAAAAUCCAAAUUAUUUAUUGUACAUAUAUUUUCAUAGUGGAAUAAUAAUAAUAAUAAAAACACACAAACAUUUA